AUGGCCGAUAAGCUAAGAGAUUAUCAAGUGCUUGACGUGUUCUGCAAUGGUACGUUCUACAAAGUGAAGCACAAGGUCACUAACAAAAUAUUCGCGUGGAAAGCGUACAAUUGCUCCGCAUAUUCCAAUGAACAAAUACAAAACGUAGUAGGUGAAGUGAAUUCUUUGAGCAAAGUGUUAUCAGGCAGCUUACUACGUUACUACGACACCAUUCUCCACGGUCCGACAAAGACACUGUACUUUGUUCUAGAAUACAAUCCCUGCCAAACUCUGGAAGAUCUUAUCGAACGAUGUAAUGCUGAAGAAAAGUACUUUUCCGAAGAAUUUUUAUGGUAUUUACUCCUGGAAGUUGCUCGAUCUUGCAAGGAAGUGGAAAAGCUUAACUUCGUCACGUUACAAAAAUGUCUUACGCCUUCAUCGGUUUUUGUAAAUACCAAGGGCGAUUUACGAAUUAAUUUGUUUGAUUUAGAGCCACCUAAUACCCAUCCCCAUGAUGUAAUGCAACAAGUGGGACGAUUAAUGCAGAUAUUGUGUUAUAGAUCCGAAAAAUCACCACACGAAGACAAAGAACUUGUUACACACUAUAGUGAUGACCUUACAGAUGUCAUAAGCUUUAUUAAUGAAGAUAGAAACACAAUAUUGCGUCCCGAUAUAGUCCUUUAUCAUCCUACCGUUCUAACUAACACUUGUACUUUGAAAGUGCCUACAGAUAUUAGUGACAUCUUCGUAGAUUUCAAUCCUACUACUUCUGAAGUCAACAAAUGUGAUUCUGAGAAGGCUGUGGAUAUGUACAAGAUCAUAAAGCCCAUGCCCAGAACCCAGUUACUAGAAGAUAGCCCUAUAUACAGCAAUGUAGUAUCUCGCAGGCAAUUGUCUAAAGAACCACUUCAAAUCAAAUCGGACAAUGAAUGUUUAUCUCCAACAAUUGCUGCUUUGGCUCUGGAGCUGCCUGGCUAUGUGCCCAGAAGUAGGAAGCCAUACACUGAACCUAUCAGUAUAGUUGAUGAUGCACAGAAAGUGUCGCAAGAGACCCUCAGUCACCAGUGGAUGUCUCGCAUGAUAGCAUUAAGACAAAGGGAGGAAUCACUCAAUGAAAGAGAGAGAAACCUUAUAGCUCAGGAAAUAAAAAACAGUCCCAGUACAAAGCUGGUUUGUUUAAAUCAAUCACCAGUGAACAGUAAUGGUAUAACAUUACCACCUGAAAUUAAUCAUAUAGAGGAAAAGAAACCUUGGCCGCCACGUCGUCGGCGGCGUCGUGCAGGUUCUGUCAGAUCGCGCGGUCGAAGAAAGAGCUACUCCUAUGAAGAUCUAGAUAGUUCCCUCUCAGCUGAUAAUGGAGAUAGCAGCAUGUUAGUGACAGCUAAAAAGAUUACUAGAGACAACAUGCCCCGUAAUUUAUUUCCUGACCUAUCCACUAAAAAAGUGCACUUUACUCCGAGCAACCCGUUUGCAGACAGUGAUGAAAGUGUAACCUUAACUUUUUAUGAGUUGGAUAACAUAGAUAAAGGGGGACACCAAGUUCCGAGGCAAGACUUGAGAGACAUAACAAAGUUUAAGUAUCUAAAUGUGGAUAAAAGUGAAAAACGCAGCCGUGACUGGAAUCAUUCCUCUCCCAAUAAACAAGCUAAAAUAGAUGUUCUAUAUUAUCUAACAAGAGCCAAUGGAGUGUGGAGGUGGGAGAGAGCACUUUUGAAAGAACUAAGUCUAUUCGACAACCAGAACAGAUAA